AGAUAUGUCUAUUUGAAAUUUCCUUUUCCCAUUCGAAUAUUUCGUUGUCUUUUAAGCGUGCAACAGCGUAGCGCUGUCAAAAACUAGGCAGAGUAGUCCCGGACCCUAGUGGCUAAAUUUAAUUCCCUUCAUAUGACUUCCGAUAUACGAAAAAUAUGGCGGCGUCACUACGGAAGAAUUCGACUGUUACUUCUACCGCUACAACCGUACUUUCGACGUUAAACACAAUGACUGCAGCCGACCACGCUGAUGUGGAUAACAGAGAUUUUUAUACUGGCCUCGGAUUAGCGAUCAGCUCUAGCGUUUUCAUCGGGACUAGUUUUAUCAUCAAGAAGAAAGGCUUACUUAAAGUGACGAAUAGUUCAGGGACAAGAGCAGGUCAGGGCGGCUAUGCUUAUCUAAAGGAAUGGCUUUGGUGGUCAGGAAUGAUAACGGUGAAAUUGCCAACUUUUCAGCAUAUGCCUUCGCUCCAGCAAUUCUUGUCACUCCAUUGGGAGCUUUAAGUGUGUUGGUGAGCAACAAAAUCUUCAUGGUAAAAUUGGCUGUAUUCUGUCAAUUAUUGGAUCCACUGUACUGGUAAUUCAUGCACCACAGGAAGAGGAAGUAAAGAGUAUGGAUAAUUUGGAACCAAAACUUACAUCACCAGGAUUCGUGAGUUAUGCAUUCAUUGUCGUUGUCUUCGCACUUAUUUUGAUAUUUUACUAUGGACCGCGGCAUGGAAAAACAAAUGUUAUGGUGUAUAUUGCAAUCUGUUCCCUUAUUGGAUCUCUGUCAGUCAUGGGAUGCAAAGGUCUCGGCAUAGUUAUCAAGCAGACAUUACAUGGAGACAGUCAACUAUCAAAUCCAGUAGCUUGGGGAUUGUUAUUUGCAGUGUUAGCCUGUGUCUUGACACAAAUGAACUACUUGAACAAGGCUCUUGACAUAUUCAAUACAUCGUUGGUUACACCUAUAUAUUACGUCAUGUUUACAACAUUAACAAUCAUUGCUUCAGCCAUUUUGUUCCGAGAAUGGGAAGUAAUGGACUCCAAAGACACAAUAGGGGCAAUUUGUGGAUUUCUUACAAUUGUGUUUGGGGUGUUUCUAUUACAUGCAUUCAAGGAUGUCCACUUCACUUUAAAAGACAUCAUGAAGUCAAACUCCCAAGCAAAUGGCAUUUCAAAAGUGAGAUAUAUAAACAAACAACCUCAAGAAGAAUCACGGGCAAUCCUCCCGUCAAAUGACGAUGGUUUCACUGAUGAUGAAGAGGAGAGUGUCACCAUGUAUGCUAAUAGUAUCAAUCAUUUAUGACAGAUUCAUGUCAAUGAUAUUUAAUAUUAUAACAAUAAUAGAAAAUUAAUAAUAAAAUUGGCCAAAGGGGUCAGGGUUUUCUUGAUCAUUUUCACUAAUUUUAAGUCACUCUUUUUUAAACUCGAGUUAUUUAAUGGAAUAGACAGUUACUUGCCGUAUGAGUUUUUUGCACAAAACCACUUAUCAUUGUAUUUACUCAGUGUUAUUUUUAAAUUGAUGAUUUUCUUAAACUGACUUCCAUUGUUGGGCUAAUGCAACAGAGAUACACUAAGGUAAACUCUAGUGAGUGAUCAACAGAUAACUUCUCCCAUCUAUGUCCAUACAUUGUGGUCCUGACAGCUGAUGAGAGUAUAGAAACUUGUCAGCCUCAGUUUGUGUUAAUAAUAAUUCUCUCAAAAUCUCUCAACUAAAACAAGAGGAAAUUCCAAAAUACUCUUUCAUCAGACAUCAAUUCAAGGCCUGUAAUCUGGCUGCCACUCUAUGUCAUGACAGUCUAAUAUUGCAGGGUUCUAAAUAAGUCAGAGUAGAAGGCUAGCUACACAGAGUAUAUAGCUGACAAUUUCUGAGCCCCUUCUUGGGCUCUCAGGUCAUGCUUCUCCACAAAAUAUUAUAACAUAACCAAAGUAAAGCGCGUGCUCUGAUUGGUCAAUUUAGCAUCCCCCAUUUGCUCAUGGGU